AACCGCAGGUGAACGUUAACCGUAGCUGUGAACUUUCAAACAUUAGUCACUGCCUGAUUUGCAAAAAUUUAUUAUUUGUGAUCAUUUUUAGUUUUAUUCAAGAAAUGCAAUAUUGUCCUAAAGAAUCGUUUGUUGUCUAAUAAUUUUACAUGCUCAUUAUUUUAUUUUUAUUGCAUUCGAGCUUUGUCCCAAUCUUAGUAAGUCAAACUGCAAACGCAAGCUCAGCAUUUCGUGAAAUGAAAUUUGAUCAUCGACUGAAAUGAUAAACAAUGAACUUCACAUGCUGUCUAGGAGUCGUACUGAGUCUUCAGUCACUCGAGAUAACUUGACUGUCACUGAAAAUUCAAGAAACAUUGAAAUCAGAACAGAACUUCAUGAAGAGAAAGAAGAAAACACUGUACAGGAAGUACAUGGAGGUUCCAUCUCUGAAAGAUUAGCUGCAUUGCAGAGAAGUGGAUCUGAAAACUGGAAGAAAAGAUUGGGUGGCAAACCUCCUAUUUUGUUGAAACCAGAUGGACCAGUCAUGCGCAUAAAAGAAAAACCAUCUGGAGAGAGACCCAAGAGUCUUUUGGAUAGAAUAAUGAUGCUGGGUGAGGCUCAAGAUCAGUGGCGUAAUCGUGUUGAAGACAAGGAUGCCAGUCAGUUUACAGUUGCUGGAAAAAUGGUUCAAAUGAAAUAUUCUCCACAUUCAAGCCCUGUUAUUAGUAGGAAAAAAUAUAGCCCAAAACCAGUACAAGGCCGAAGUAAAACUACUAAUAUUCAAGAGCUUUCUAGUUAUGUCAGUCAAAGUACACCUUCCUCACCUUAUCAUUUGAGUAAAAGCCAGUCUUCAUUGAUCACUUCUUGUAGUACUUCAGAAAUUGAAAAAGUUUCCUGUAAAAAAACCACUGUUCAAGUUCCUAAAAUUGAUGAUGAUGACUUCACCUCCUUCUUUAAGUCCGUGAAAGAUAGAAUCAGUGUUAGUGCUUUCGAUAUUUCAGAUGAAGUUUUUGAAUCCUUGUCAUCAGCUUCAUAUGAAUUGUUGAAUUAUGGCAAAUCUAAAUUAAGAAUGAACAGAAAGCAUGCCGCUUCUGGAAAUCCUCUGAGGCUAUUGGCUUCACGUUCUGAUUUAAAGCAUGAUUAUGAAGAGAUCUAUAAAGGUGUUGCCGAAAGAGAAUUGGAACGAAUGAAACUUGAGAGAUUGGCCAAAGGAUCUCCUAGCUUAGCACUCUCUGCUCUAGCAGGAUUAGCUAGUACAGAAGAUUUUAAAAAUGUAGCACUAAAAAAGGGAUCCACCAAUGAUCUUUCAGAUCAGAAUACGAUUUCUCUUAUGCAGAUAAAAGGGCGUAGACGAGCUCAAGUGAGAUUGGUGGAGUCAAAGUCUUCUUCAUUGAAUCAUGGAGAUAGUUAUGUUUUGGUAACUCCAACUCAAGUUUAUUGCUGGCAUGGAGAAUUCAGUAACGUUAUUGAACGAGUGAAAGCUGCUGAAGUGUCUAAUUUGAUCCAGAGUUGUAAAGACCUUGGUUUCAAAGGCCAAAAUGAAGCUAUUAUCAUUGAAGAAGAAAAUGAAGCUCAUACUGAACAGCAAAAAGAGUUUUUUGAAGUUCUUUCUAUUAAAUCCCCUGAUGAAAUUAGAGUGGCCGGUGCUCCAGAUGAAGAUGAGGUAUUUGAUUUUAGCUUUUUGAGCUUGUUUUUCUUUUUAGAUAUUUAUGUUUUUGAUUUUGGCGCUGAAAUGUAUGUUUGGUGUGGAAAACUGGCAACAUCUGACCUCCGAAAAUCAGCUGUUUCAUUAGCUAAGGAAUUGUGGGAUACCGGGUACAACUACUCAGAAUGUGAUAUAAAUCCCUUAAAUUCUACUUUUGAUGGACCCAUAAAAAAUGAAGAUAGCAAUAGACCUACAUGGGCUACAUUUACAAAAACAAGCCAGCAUAGAGAGCCAGUUCUUUUUAAGGAAAAGUUUUUUGACUGGCCUAAUAUACACCCUCUCAUUACAAAAAGGACUUACGAUGAAAAUCGCAAUAAGACCAAUGCUGUACCUACUAGCAUCUCAGAUCUUCAAGCCUGUGAUUAUAAAUCAAUGUUGUAUAAUGAGGUAAAGGAGCCAGAUACAAUCUUAGAGAACAGUCACAUAGGAAGAGGAUUGGAAUACCACGAUGAGGAAGAACGAAGGCACUUCCGAAUAACACAUAUAUCCCACAAAAUGUGGCAUAUAUCUGAACAUGGCUAUGAAGUUAUGCCGGAAGAAAGUUGGGGGCAAUUUCACAAUUCUGAUACUUAUGUUAUCCGAUGGCAAUAUAUGAUUAGUAAUACAGGGAGGACAUUGAAAGGUGGUGCCUCACGAUAUUCCUUUGUUGGACGAAAACGCUGGGUGUAUUUUUUUUGGCAAGGAGACAAGUCUACAAUAACUGAGAAAGGUGCAUCAGCAUUAAUGACAAUCGACUUGAAUGAAGAAAAAGGACCACAUGUGCGAGUUAGCUGUCGAAAAGAGCCUCCAUGUUUUCUCAACUUAUUUCGUGGUCAAAUGAUUGUGCAUGAUGGUCGCAGAGAUAAAAAUCUUGAUGAUAAUGAUGUGUCAUGGAAAUUAUACAUGCUACGUGGUGAUAUGAAAACAGAAAGUGUACUUCAAGAAGUAAAAUUAUCAAAAGGAAGUUUACGCAGUCGCACCUCUUUUCUGCUGGUUAAUCGAAAUACCGGAAAGCUGUACAUUUGGCAUGGCUGUAAAUCAGCUGCAUAUACUAAAGAAUUUAUUCUAAAUUCUGUGCAGUUACUUAUAGAAAACCGUCCAAAUGAAAUGAAAUUUAGUGAGGAUGUGACUCUCACUAUGUCUGAAGUUAAUGAAGGAUCUGAACCUUCAGAGUUUUGGAAAUGGUGUGAUGAAUGUGAAGACCACUAUUACUCUUUAUCAAAUAGCGAGUAUUCAUAUGAUUUCACACCAAGGUUAUUUUUAAUUGAUAGCAUGUCAGGUAGCAUGUGUGCUAAAGAAAUAGUUAGUCCUCACUUUACAAAAACUCAUUCAUGCCCUUUCCCAUUUCUGCAGUCAGAUUUAAAGAAUGCAUCACAGCCUGCCUUAUUUCUCCUGGAUAAUAACCAUGAAGUAUUUGUAUGGCAAGGAUGGCUACAUAAAAGUGAUCCCGAAAGUGAAAAUUUGACUACUGGUUCUGCAAAGUUGCGGUUAAAUGUGAACCGUCGAUUAGUUAUGGAGAUAGCGCUGCAAUAUUGUCAGGCAAAAAACUCUGAAGAUAUUCCAAAAGCUUAUGUAAUUCAUGCUGGUUUUGAGCCAUUAUCUUUCACUAAUAUUUUUCCCGAGUGGAGCUGUUGGGAGGAUUUAAAUACUCAAUCCACUGAGGAAAAUUCGAAAGUAAUGUUUGUUCAAGAAGUUUUGUCCCAAUUGACAAGGGAUCGUUACACUCUUGAAGAACUUCAAAGUAAACAACGUCCUUCAGGUGUAGACCUGUUACGACUGGAAUCUUACCUCACAGACGAAGAGUUUCACGAAACUCUUGGAAUGAAAAAAGAAGAAUUUUACAACAUGCCAUCUUGGAAACAAUCAGAGUUGAAAAAGUCCAAUGGUUUAUUUUGAAUUUGUUCAAUUCAUUUGUGUGCCAAUGUGUGCCUUUCUAUUUUUAGUGCAUUAUGAUUUUAUAAUUUAGAAUGAGAGCAUUAAUAGAUGCAUUUUUCUAAAUUUUAACAGUACAUUUAUUUUACUCAUGGUUUUUAAAUGUGUUUGAAACAAUAUAUGUCAGAGGCCAAAUAAUUCAUACUUCCAUGUCAUCAUUUUCUUGUCAAUAGCAAGUAUUUCAAUCAUUCGCACUUAGGAUUUCAAUACUAAUGUACUAAUAUAUAAAACUGUUUUACAUUGCAUGAAUAAUUUUAUAUGCAGUUUAGUGCUUUUUACAGGCAAAACAAUUGUAGCUGUCUUUACAUCUAUUCAUCUUUUAAAGUCAAUGCAAGCUUUCACGAUUUGUAAUAUUUGAUUGUAACUAGAGUUCCUGCAUCUAACAUAGUUUAAAGAGUUGGGAAGAAACAGUUUCAAAAUUGUUCCGAUUAGGGUUGCAAAAGAUGGCACAGCCGGUUGCCACUUUUGGCGAUGUUUCUCUCAAAUUUACUUUUUUAGUCUAGUAUAAAUCAUGUUAACUGUUUUGAGCUAAUUUUUUUUGCAUAAAUUAUUGAUUAACAGAUUCGUCCAUUUAAAUGUAAUAAAAUACCUAAUUUUUAGUUUGCAUCUUUGCAAUCACGAAAAUUCAUGUUUUAUCAAAAAAUCAACUGUUUAUUUGGCAUAGAUUAUGGUAAAAAACUUAAUCAAAGUGCUUGGUAUAGCUGUCCUAAUUUUUAAAAUCUAAUUACUUUACAUAAUAUAAAGAUUUUUAACAUAGAUUUUGCUUGGAUAAAGUACUUUGAAUAGUUGAAAUAAUAUUUUAAAAGCAAGAAACAAUAUUAGUACUAAUUUGAAAUAUUGAAAUUCCAUCAGAUAAGGAGGCUUUGUCAAUCACUGCAGGCUAGGUCUAAGAAGAAUUUUUUUGUUUCCUUUUAUUCCAGUAAAUUUCGGCCUGCAACCAAUUACAGAUAGUUACAAAUAUGUCCCACCUCUCUAAUUAGGUUAGAUGCAGGGACUCUAGUUACAUUUAGAUUAAAAAUAUUACCAGAACCAGUGAGAUAAAUUCUCUAAUUUGUGAAGAGUAUUUCUUUCUUCCAUCCACUCUUUCUGCCAAAUAAUUUUAUAAAAACUUACUUUCAAUACUGCUUUUGCUCAUGGAUUUUGUAAAGUCAAUGCUUUUUAGGCAUCAUUUUUACCAAUUUUUCUAACCCUUCUUUUCUACUAGAGUGUGUAGUACAUAUUUUUAAUGCAUUUAUUUUAGUACUAGUUUUAAAUCAUUUGUUUCCUAUAAUGUGAGAGCAUUAUUUACUUAUUUCUUUUAUACUUAUUUAAAUACAACUAUAUUUUAUCAAGUUUUUAAUUAUUAAAAUUGUUCAUCUAAUGAAAAAUAUCAUAAUGAAUAAAUAUCAUAAUUAGUUUCUUAUAACUCAUGAUGUAUUUUACAUUUGCAGAAUUAAUUCACUUGCAAAAAAUGAGUAGAUAAAUUUAUUUUUUCCUGCUUCUGAAUGCUUAAAUUUCUUUAUCAUUUUCCUUAAGGGGUUGCUGUCAUUGAGAUAGAUUCAGGUUUCAAGCCCUAAAGUACUCUAGUGUUCCUUUUUUAUUUUACCUCUUAUUUUGUGUCUGAUAACUGUAUGACUUUGUGUGAUUCUGACCUUGUGCCAUUUAAUUCAGCAUUCAGUUAUUCAUUACUCUGUAUUUUUGAUUAAUAAGUAUUAAUACCUUUGUCUUUUUAAAUUUGAAUGAUAAUUCAGGUCAAUUUUAUCUUACAUAUUUAUUUUUUAUGUUUAAUCCUUUAGUUCUGGAGUUUUUCCUUUUUACCAAAUUCGUUUUUUCCCCCUACUCAUUUUCACUUAAUUUAAGUUCUAUCGAACUUUACAGGAAUUUAUUUAGGACUUCCAACUCUGGGUUCUGUUUUGCGUUUGUUUAAGUGUGUAUUUAAAUCUAAAAGGUUAGUUGAGGAUUAGAUUUUGUAAAAGGGUCAGUUUUUGAGGUCCAGAUUUCCUAAAACAUCCUUUUUCAGUAGUCGGCAGUUUUUCAGAUGUGAGUGAGCAGACCAAUAUUUGAUUGUGUAAGUUUUUAAGGGUAAAAAGUUUUUCUCAAAUGUCCAGUUUUGGUGGUUUGACCUAUGUAAACAAUGCAAAACAGUCCUAAAGUGUUUAGUGACUCUUGUCUUAUUAAAUUGGAGCUGAAGAUUUUAAAUUUGAAUUGUUAUUUGAAAUUUGUUUCAAAAUUGUUUAUAGUAUUAAAAAUGGACUAAACAGUGUUUAGAGUCUUGUUUAAGAAAUUACAGGAUCAAAUUAUGCCAAAUAUUAGUUUUUUUUUAAUGAUUAUGUAAAAAUUUUUAUAGAUGAAAAAAAAAAAUUUGUACUACAUAUUUUGUUUUCAUUCUUUUGUAUGUAACCUGAUAACAGUUUGAUUAUGAAAUUUCAUCCAGUAAUUUCUUAGUUUCUAGGCUCCCAGCACCUCAAAUGUAAAAUGCUUAUUGCAAAAUAAAUCUGUUGGAGCAGUUUCUGGCAAUUUAAUUUCCUCCUCUAAUCAUAACUGAAUGAACUCAAAAAUUGGAAUAGUUACUAGGCCUCCAACAGGUUUAUUUUAAAAAUGAUCUGAUGUUCUUCUGUUCACUGGUAAUUUAGAUAUAUAUCUGAACAUAUUCAGAACGUGAUUAUAAUUUAGUUGAUGUUUUUCCUUUUUGACAUUUUAGCAUGACAUUUUUAGAUUUGUGC